GUUUCGCCCGCUGACUUCGCGAGGAAGUAAACCGACCAAGGCGCGUGCUCCCUGCCUGCAUAUAAAAGCGUCGCGCGCGGGUGCUCCAACGCAGAGUCCAGCUAUACUCUGCUCCGCAGGGCUGCGAUGGACAACGGACGUGCCCUGAGAGGCUGGCUGCGUCUAGACGUUCCCAUGAAGCUUUGCUGCUGCCUAGCCCUUCUAGGAAUGACACAGGGACAGUUCUUUUCGAAGACAACCAACACUAUACCUCGUAUGGGCAGAAGGGCUUUUGACUACCCUCCGUUGGAAGAACAGAGGUUGGGCCGCGUUCUCGGCCUCCUGAGGGCAGACCCGUCACGUCAGUCGGUGGCAAUGGCCGACCUGGGAUAUCUACUGGGAGCGGAUGGCAUGCAGUACGGAGCCUGGCAAAGACCGACCAAUGGUUGCCGUGGAAGCCAGUGCCGAGUUCGGGGAGCUGUGCUGCUACGGACCUUGCAAGACGCCGACAAUGUGCAAUGAUGACCCCUGAAGAAGCGGUUCCUCUUCAUCGUGGCGAAGAAGCGAUUAUUGUUGGAAAUUAAUAAAACACACAGACGCCUCGGUCGGAGGAGGUGAAAA